AUGACUCUAAUCUCCAACAAAUAUCUCUCAUGGCUGAUUGUACGGCCGCUAUGUCGCAGGGGCAAUGCUUCCAGCGGACUAGACGCCCUGUCGUGCUGCGAGAAAGCCGAGCGGCCCAAAGAGAGCUAUGAGAAGCUUGAUGGAGAGCUCGUGAUGCUACAGAAUGCUGUGAUCCGUGGAGAUGAGAAGACAGUGGAAGUGAUCCUGUCAAGGGCUCGGAGGAUCGGCAUCAUCAACUAUCAGGAUUACGCAGGCCGGACCUGCCUGCAUCAUGCGGCACAGAACGGUCAUGCACGAAUCGCUCGCAUCCUGUUGGAGUACAACGCGGAUCCGAUCCUCAAGAAUAAGGAGGGGAAGACCGCGCUGCAGAUGGCGAUGGAGAAUGGUCACCACAACGUGGUCGAGGUGAGCGGUAGCGACCUGAUCACCGUUCUUGAUCCUGAGACCGCUCUUGUUCUUGCGCAGGUGUUGCUGCAGACCAAGACCAACUCUACCACGGGGAAGCCCAAGAUUGGGAAUGAAGUGCCGACGCUGUACAGCAUGGAUGUCGAAGCUCUGCAUGCAGACGCAGCAGACAAGUACUUCAAGGGUGACUAUGCAGGUGCGGAGGAUUUGUACAAGAAGGCCUUAGCUGCCAACCCGAAGCAUCUGAGAAGUUUGUGUAACUACGGAGCACUGCUCCACAACAUCAAGAACGAGUACGACAAGGCUGCGGAGAUGUAUUCGGCAGCCCUGAAAGUGGACAAGAAUGAUGUGGUCACACUCUACAACUAUGCCCUGUUGCUGGAGGUGGCAAAGAAGGACUACCUCGGAGCUGAACGGCUCUACCUCCGAGCUCUCCAAGUCGACCCCAUGCAUGUCGACACCCUGGUCAACUACGGCUCUCUGUUGAAGACCGUACACAACGAGCUGGGAACAGCCGAGAAGAUGUACGUCACGGCGCUGCAAGUAGAGCCGAAUCACGUGGACGCCCUCUGCAACUACGCCCUCCUGCUGCGAGAUGGCCUUGGGAACAAGGAGAAGGCUCGAUCUCUCAUCCAGCACGCCCUCGAGGUUGCGCCCGAUGACGAAUGGCUGAAGAAGCACGCAAGUGCGUUCUGA